GGGAAGAACCGAAUUAAAGUCAGUUAGCUAGCUUCUCUCUUCUAUGGCGGUGGCUUACAGCCUUCUUUCCUUGUUUUUUUUCCCUGUAUAUAAAUUAUAUUAAACAAUCUCACUGAACCAUCGUCGGAGAACCAGUCCGGACGGUGAUUGUAGCUCUGGUUGCCGGCGGCGAGAAGAGGUGUAGUGUUUUUAUUGUUGUCGCAAUCGCGUUGAAGGAAAACCGAGAGUUUUUUUGAAUUGAUCAGCAGAAACAGGAAAUGAAUGGGAACUGCUAUGGAUUUAGAAGUACGGCGGCGGCGGCGGCGAGGGAAUAUAUAAGGAGACAUCACCGGCAUGGCUCCGGAGAGAAUCAGUGUAGUUCAGCUCUUGUUAAGCACUUCAAAGCUCCUUUCUCUCUGUUUGCAAGAAAAGCUGCAAUCACUUUUCCUGGGGCUUCCGCACGCGAUCUUUCUUCUGUAGGACCAUCUCUUUUCAAGAGUUAUGGAAGUGCUCAUCUGCUUAACAACUUUUGGAGUUCGAUUCCGGCUACGUUGAGAUUUUGCACAUUUGCUGUCUCUGAAAAUGGUGUGUCUAAACCUAAUUCCAAGACUCUUGAAGAGGCUACACUCGCCAACCAAAAAUCUAUUGAUUUCACCAAAUUAGACAUUAAUCUGCUUCCCACUGUAAUGAUUAUUGGUCGCCCCAAUGUAGGGAAGUCUGCAUUGUUUAACCGCUUGAUAAGGAGGAGAGAGGCUCUUGUGUACAACACACCUGAUGAUCAUGUCACUAGAGACAUAAGGGAAGGUCUUGCUAAAUUGGGGGAUCUGCGGUUUAGAGUAUUGGAUUCUGCUGGCUUGGAAACUGAAGCAACAUCCGGAUCUAUUCUUAAUAGAACAGCUGCCAUGACAGCAAAUGUGCUUGCUAGAACUCAGUUUGCAAUUUUUCUUAUUGAUGUCAGAACUGGGCUGCAUCCAUUGGAUCAAGAGGUUGGAAAGUGGUUACGCAAGCAUGCGCCAGGAAUCAAUCCUAUAGUAGCCAUGAAUAAAUCUGAAUCGCUUCAUAAAGAUCCGAAUUCUUUUGCCGAAGCUGCUACAGAGGCCCUGAAAUUAGGAUUUGGGGAACCAAUUGCUAUAUCUGCUGAGACUGGUCUGGGAAUGACAGCACUUCAUGAAUCUCUUCAGCCAAUGCUUGAGAAUUACAUGGCCAAAGUUUUAGAUGGCAAAAGUAGCCAAGAUGAAAACCUCAGCCAGGAUAACGAUUCUUCUAAGGAUGAUGAAUCUAAGCUGCCACUACAAUUGGCUAUUGUUGGACGACCCAAUGUCGGGAAGUCUACGUUACUAAAUGUGUUGUUACAAGAAGAUCGUGUUUUGGUUGGUCCUGAAGCUGGUUUGACUAGAGAUUCAGUGAGGGCACAGUUUCAAUAUCAAGGGAGAACUGUAUAUCUGGUUGAUACCGCUGGUUGGUUGCAAAGAGGUGAUCGGCAUAAAGGACCUAAUUCAUUGAGUGUUAUGCAAUCAAGAAAAAAUCUGAUGAGAGCUCAUAUAGUUGCUUUGGUUCUGGAUGCUGAAGAGAUUGCAAAAGCUCGGCGCAGCAUGACACAUGCCGAAGUUGUUAUAGCAAGACAAGCGGUGGAAGAAGGUCGUGGUCUGGUUGUAGUUGUGAACAAGAUGGAUCUUCUAAAGGGGCCAAGAAAUUCUGCAUUGUAUAAAAGAGUCAAAGAAGCUGUUCCUCAAGAAAUUCAGAUGGUUAUACCCCAGAUAACCGGGAUACCAGUUCUGUUCAUCUCCGCAAUAGACGGAAGAGGGCGUGCUGCUGUUAUGUCUCAAGUCAUCGAUGCAUACGAGAAAUGGUGUUUAAGGUUGUCCACUGCACGUCUUAACCGUUGGUUGCGUAAGGUUGCAAGCCGGCAUUCAUGGAAAGACCAAGGUUCUCAAACCAAGAUCAAGUACUUCACUCAAGUGAAAGCUCGGCCUCCCACUUUCGUCGCUUUCGUCAGCGGUAACACCAAGCUCUCCGAUACAUAUGUAAGGUUUCUAACCAAAUCUUUGAAGGAAGAUUUCGAUAUGGGUGGAAUUCCAAUACGGAUAAUGCAACGUUCUGUUCCGAGAAUGGCCAGCGGGAGUAGCAGUAAGACUGGCCAAUCUACGGGAAAAACAGUUGAACGCACACCAUCGGACAAGAGAAGUAGUGUUGUUUAGCCAUUGCACUGAACAGAGGCCUGCAUUUGCCUCCUUUUUUUUAAGAAAAUAUAGUUUUCCUCUUUUGUAGGAAAAUAGAUAGAAUGAAAAGAAAAAGGGUAUUUUUGUAAUUUACUUUUUCCUUUUAAAUUAGAAGGAAAAUUUUCUUUGUUUCUUAA